ACUUAAGACUGUGUAGGAAGUUUGUUAAACAAAAGUACUUUGUUAACGCUAGCUCACGCGCACAGGAUACUACAAUUGGCAGGGGAGGUCUGCAUCACCUAACACAAAGCGUCUGUUUUUUACCGUUCUACAAACUAAACGCAGGCAAUUUUGCAUUAUUAACUGAAGGCAAAAGCUAUAACUCCUUCCAAACAGGCGAAAAAAGGAAUUAAUUUGCGUACAUAGCACAAAUUACACAACUGCAAAGCUUGCCGAGUUGAGGUUAAACAAAAUGAGCGCAAUCACUCAGGAAUUUUGCGUACGCUGGAACAGCCAUCUUGGUAGUAUUGGCGCUGCUUUUCCACAGCUACUAGCCGGUCAGAGAUUUGUGGAUGUAACACUGGCCUGUGAAGGUCACCAGUUGCAUUGUCACCGUCUAGUGCUGGCCGCAUGCUCUACAUACUUUGAAGCCAUAUUGGCGGAAAAUCCCUGUAAGCAUCCCGUUAUAAUUUUACCAGGAGAGAUCAAGCUCUGGGAGAUUCAGGCGCUUGUAGAUUUUAUGUAUAAGGGAGAGGUGAAUGUCACGCAGGCCGGUCUGGGCCAGUUGCUUCGAUGUGCCGAACAGCUUCGAAUACGCGGUCUAUACGGGUCAGAGGCGGCAAUAAACUACAAUCAACUUCAACAGAUGAGAAACGAAGCUGUCAAGGAUGUAGCCCCAGUCAUCAGGAGACUUAACAAUAUAGACGUGAUUGAAAAGGAAGAUGUAGCUACAAACUUAACCGCCUCAAUAUCUACUACGACCACGCCAGCACAGACUCCCCUAGAGCACCAUCAACAACAAAAACUAGUACUGCAGCAAAUGGAACAGCAUCAGCGUCAGCAGGAAAAUGGUAGUAAUAUCCUGCACCUACAGAGACCACAUCAGAAGCAACCACAACAGCUUUUAAACACCGCCUCCUCAGCAACCGCUUCCAACAACUCAAAUGUACCGACUGAAGACGAAUCCGCGGAUGAUGCCUCUAAUAACUGGAACUCAUAUAAUGAUCAUUGCGAUGACUUUAGAGUAUCCGCAACAGCUGAAAAAAAUAAAACACAGAUGUUGCUCCUCCAGACAAGGUCCCAGCAGCACCGAAAGCAUCAGCCACAUAAUUUGGACUCCACCAUCGAAGACGAUCACAACUAUGUAGCUGCUCACGAUGAUGACAAUGAAAGCAGCGUAGCCCGUAUUGCAAGCAGUGGGAGUGGCCUUCCCCAAAUUUUCGACGCAGAUACUCCUGGCAACAUAUCGGUAGGCCUCAUGCAUAGCUCAAUCGAUAGUUACACCUCAUAUAAGCGUGUUCGACGUUCGGAGGCCUCUUUAGCACAAGCGGCUAAAUGCGUUUCAAAGGGCGAG